GACAGCAAGGAAGAAGAAAAAUCUUUGAUAAGAAGGAUUUAGAAUCAUUGAAACAACUAGUUACUCAAAACCCUGAUUUUUAUUUGGAUGAAUUGGUAGUUGAAAUGACUAAGAAAUCUGGUAAAGAGGUAUCAGUUGCAACAUUAUGUCGUUCAUUAAAAUAUUGUGGAAUUACAAGAAAAAAGAUGAGUCUUCAAAAGAUGAAAGAUCAAUAUCAUGUUCAACCAAUCAAUCAGAAAGUGGUUUUUAUAUGUGGUAAAAGGUUUACCAUACUGCCAGCAUUAACUUUAGAAGGAUAUAUUGCUUUGGACAUCAUGGAAGGCAAUUGCACCAAAGAAAGGUUUCAAAGUUUUAUUUUAGCACAAAUUUUACCAUUAAUGAAUCCUUAUCCACAAAAAAACAGUGUAUUGGUAAUGGAUAAUGCAGUUAUUCACCAUGAUGAUGAAAUGAUUCAAUUAAUGAAAGAA